AUGAUGAGUAGAGGGUACGCUAACUUAAACGCUUUUGUAGAGAAUGACAAACAUGAGAGAUGGUCCAAUAACAGAGAAGGAGGAGGGACACAUAAGGAGAGUAAACGGAUAAACCUGGUUGAACACAAAAGAAAAGAUUCUCACUUAUCAAAUGAGAAGUUUCAAAAACAUGGACUUGUUCCAGGAGAGUUGAGAAGCCAAGCUUCUACCAAUGAUCAGUACCACCUGUUGCGUAGGGGUAGCAGGGGAGGGGAGCACCACGGUGAGCAGAAGAGUAAUCGGAAAGGCGACCCGAAAGUACAUUCCAAAACGCACAAGUCUUCCCAUCAUCGUCAUAAUAAGGAUACGCAUCGACACCAUCGUAGAGACUCACAUCGUCAUCACCAUCAUCAACACCAUCGUCAUCAUCACCACCACCAGAAGGAGGUAGAUGCAAAGGAGAGCUCAUCGGGGGGUCUCCUCUGGAGCUGUGUCAAGAGUGUAUGCUCCUCCUUUGCAUCUGUCGUGAGAAAAAACAUUUUUACCAACGAAAACAACACAAGUGAGAACGGGAGGGGAAAAACUAUUUCCGACCUCUCCAGACUUAUCGACAAAAAUGCACAGAGGAAGAAAGAGAAGGAUCUAUUGCAGGACGACCAUUCGACUACACCCCUAAGUAAGAACCAUAACCCUGUCCAAAGGAGAGAUGGACGAAAAAAAGGGGGGGUUCUUGAACAAGACAAUAAUCUACAGAACAGAAAUGGUGAAGGCAUACCACGUCGAAAUAAAAAAAUAAAAAACGCUUCCUAUGAAUUUUCUGAUAAUGAUUUGAAGAAUUUAUUUAUGCUAGAGGGGGAGGAAAGGGGGGAUAUUCACACACAGGAGGAUGCGAAACGAUUGUAUAGUGGUGAUGGUCGUGAUGGAAAGGGCGAACGGGUUGAGUUGAGCCGAGAAAUUGUUAAAAAGAACGAUGGGGUGGCUGAGAAAGUAGGAGAAGGGGCGUCCCUGAGGGGAGAGGCGUCAGCGAAGGGAGAAGAGCACGUAAAAGAAGAGGAAUUCAUGGCAGGGCCACCAACCAUUCCAAACAUAAUGAUAAACAAUGGAAGCUUUAGCAAGAACAGCCAAAGAGAUGAUUUAAACACGAGAGGACGAGGUGUGACCCUUUCAUCGGAGGAGGAAAACACACUGGGUAGGCUGGGUGGUUUGAAGCCUGGUGUUCUGGACCCAAGGAAGAACAGGGAGGGGGAGAAGGAAGAGGGCCACAGGAGAAAAGGGAGCCUUCCCCUCUCUGGCCGUAGCAACAGGACUAGCCGUAGCAGUAGUGAUGUUGAUGGAGGAGCACUCCGAGAUGGUUUUUACGGGAAAGACAACCUUCUGAGGAAACUUCUUGAGUUGGAGGAUGAUGAAGAUAACAAUGAUAAUGACGACUCCGAUGAAUAUGACGAGGAUGGCAAAGCGAAGGGUAGACAACCCGCGCAGAGCAACAAAAAGAAUGCGCCUGAGCAAAACGGCUACAUAAAGCACUGCCAAGGAAAAACUUUCCUUCAAAAUGGUUUGCACCAAAUAGGGGAACAAAUGUCAUCUGUGCAAGGUGAGAACGUGGAGAAGUUAUAUUACGAAAACAUUUUUGAGGAUUCGGAAAAGAAAGGGAAAUCGAAAUCGAAAUCAAUGGAUGAUCCCGACGACAGCGAUGCGGACAGCUUUAAGAAUAUCUUCUACAAUCGGAAGAUGAAGAAGAAGAAGAAGAAGGGGAAACUGACCUGCAUGCCACAGAUGGAGCAGACAACCAACGGAGCAGAUGGAGUGGACAAAAAAAGCGGCUCCGACGCGGGAGAACUGAACACAGGAGAUGCAGACAUUUCGGAUGAUGUCUCAAGCGUGGAUGGCGACUCACACACGAAGGAUGAAACGCACAAGCGCGCACACUACUUCCGGAACUACAUCAAGAGCAGUGAGGAAAUAAAGCAAAUACGAUUCGAGUUCAAGGAGCUGAUCCAAACAAUAGACUCCUUCAUUGUGAAAAAUUCAACCAGUGAUGAAAUUAAUAGCUCCAAAAAUGUGGCACAACGGAAUGACCAAAACACUGAAACGCCAAAUUCCCACAAGAGAGAGAGCAAAAAUGAAGCGACCUACAUGGAGAUGGAUAAAAUGAACGAAGGAGCAGACGAAGGAUCUGCAGAUGAACAGUCUAUGAAAUUUAUCGAUGGUAUCACAUCGGAGGAUAAAAGUGGCUACGUAAUACUUAAGAAUGAUGAGGAAUCCCUUAUAGAGGCUCUGGAAAAGCUUAGAAUUGAGAAGAGGAAGAAGGAAGAAAGGGAGAAAGACGGAAAGGUGAGGGAAUCGGAUGACGAGGCAAAUCGAAUUCGCAAAGCAGAUGCGGUAGCUUCACUAGACCCAGACAUUUUCUUCAAGUGCAUUAACAAGAACCAUUACGAAAAAGCAGCUCAGAUACUAAGACAGAAGGGAGAAAACGGUGUUCUAAUCGAUAAGUUUAAUGUGCCACUUUUGUAUUCACAAAUAAAAUGCCUAAUGGACACGAGGUGGCUAAACGACGAGGUCAUUAACUUCUACAUGAGUAUGCUACAGGAAUAUAAUACGAAAAAUAUUAAAAAGGAUACAGCAAACAAUUUUUUGCCUAAAAUAUUUACAUUCAGCACUUUUUUUUUUCAAUCUCUAAACUCCAAUGGAACAUACAGCUAUAACAAGGUAUCCAGAUGGACGAAGAGGAAGAAGGUGGAUAUCUUUUCGUUUGAUUUGAUUCUGAUUCCGUUGCAUGUCGGGGGGAAUCACUGGACCUUGGGCUCUAUUAAUAUGAGGGAGAAAAAAAUUAAACUCUACGACUCUCUAAAUAUGUCUAACACGAAGUUCUUCGAAUACAUGCGACGAUACCUCGUGGACGAGAUGCGGGAUAAGAAACAAAUGGAGCUCGACGUAUCUGUGUGGGAGUAUAACCCGGAAGGCUGUUCGGAGGAAGGAAUCCCGUGUCAAGAGAACGGCUACGACUGCGGUGUGUUCACCUGCAUGUUCGCCAAGUGCCUAAGCUUUAAUCGCAGCUUCGACUUCAGCCAACGGGAUAUCAAAGAAAUUCGAAUGAAAAUGGUUUACGAAAUAUCACAAGGCUGUUUGAUCUUUUAA